GUCUCGGCAACAUAGGGACCACUACCACCCCCAUGCCCAUUGGUCCUCAGGGCCAGGGGCUCUGCGCUCUGUGGGCUUUGUGCUGCCCCAGGGCUGUUUACAGUCCCAGUAGACACCCUCAAGGACAGCUUUGUGACUGGCACAGUCAGGCUGAACUCUAUCUGGUGAGAGCAAAGAUAGGAGGCCAGGGUGAGACACAAAGCCCUUUGAGAAAGCCACCUCCCACCUGCCCAGGCCCCUAGUGGGGCACUGGGCCUUGUCCCCAAGGUCACCUCCACAGCAGAUAGAGGCCUCCCUCCCCCAAACCUUCCACCCUGGCCAUAUAAGCCUGAGCCAGCUACCCAGCCCCGGCACACCCACCAUGCAGAGCCCACCUCUCACCCAGCUGCCCCUGGUGCUGCUGGCCCUGGGGGCCGUGUUGGGGGCUGAGACCCCUGGAGAAGAGCAGGUUGCUGGCACUGGGGGCAUUAUUUUCCCUGAAGACUGGGUCUGGUCACCAGGUAGCCCACAAGACCCUGUGUGCUUGGUGACACUGAGCAGUGCCAGCAACGGGAGCAGGGCCCCUCUGCAGGUGGUGGGGACCCUGAGUAGCUACGAGAGGGCCUUCUUGGAGGCUGUGCAAGGCACUCGCUGGAGACCCCACGACCUGGCCACCUUCGGGGUCUGCAGCCCUGGCCACACCCAGGCUAUUCUGCCUGCUCUGCAGCACCUAGGGGACUGGCUUCGGGAGCCUGGGGGGCAGCGGCUGCUGGUCCUGCACCUGGCGGAAGUGACAUGGGACCCAACACCUUUGCUGAGGUUCCAGGAGCCCCCACCUGGAGCAGCCAUCCCCCAAGAGCAGGCACUGCUGGUGCUGUACCCUGGGCCUGGCCCGGAAGUCACUGUCACUGGGGCUGGGCUGCCAGCUGCCCAGAGACUCUGCCCGACCCCGGAUACUCGAUAUCUGGCUCUGGCUGUGGACCACCCGGAGGGGGCCUGGCACGGCCCAGGGCUUUCCCUGACCUUGCAGCCCUGCGGAGACGGUGCCACCCUGAGCACAAGCCAGCUGCAGACCCUGAUGUUUGGGCCCGACCCCCGCUGCUUCACGCGGAUGACCCCUGUCCUACUCCUGCUACCACGAUCUGGGCCUGCGCCUCUGCCCGCACGUGGCCAGCUGGACACGGUGCCCUUCUCACCGCCCAGGCCUUCCCUGGAGCCCCAGGAGCUGCCGCCCAGCACCGAUCCUUUCCUGGGGACGCUCACGCGCCUAGUGCGCGUGCUGCGGGGGCCCCAGGUCCGGGUCUCUCCUAUGCGACUGGCCCUGGACCCCGGGGCGCUGGCCAGCUUCCCGCAGGGCCUGGUCAAUCUGUCCGACCCUGCGGCGCUGGAACGUCUGUUAGACAGCGACGAGCCUUUUCUGCUACUGACACCACCCGCUGUGUCCAGUGCCGGAUACCCGGCGUCACUGCGGGGCCCCGAGUCCGCACCCUGGGCCCAGGGCUUGGCGCACCGCGUGGCCGUCGAGCUGCAAGCCGUGGCCGCUGAGUUGCGAGGCCUCCCGGGGCUACCGGCCGCCACGCUCCCGCUGCUUGCGCGCCUGCUUGCGCUGUGCCCGGGUGACCAUGGCGACGCUGGCAAGCCCCCUGCUGACCCGCUGCGCGCCCUGCUGCUUCUCAAGGCGCUGCAGGGCCUGCGUGCUGAGUGGCGCGGUCGGGGCGGGCGCGGGGCAGCUCGGGCUCAGCGCAGCACCUCCUCGGAGGGGCCGUGCGCUCUACGCGAGCUCAGCGUGGACCUGCGCGCUGAGCGCUCUGUGCUCAUCCCCGAGACCUACCAGGCCAACAACUGCCAGGGCACAUGUGGCUGGCCGCAGUCCGACCGCAACCCGCACUAUGGCAACCACGUGGUGCUGCUGUUGAAGAUGCAGGCUCGCGGGGCUAUCCUGGCACGCCCGCCCUGCUGUGUGCCCACGGCCUACGCGGGCAAGCUCCUCAUCAGCCUGUCGGAGGAGCGCAUCAGCGCACACCACGUUCCCAACAUGGUGGCCACCGAGUGCGGCUGCCGGUGACCCUCGUCGCCUAAGAGUCCUUCCCGUAUUUAUUCAGACCCAAACACCACCCCAAUAAAGACCAGAAGCACCCAGCUGGGUAACCGUGCGUA